AACCGGUAAAAAAAACUUCUUUAACGACAAAAUUCACCUCUACCCAGAUUCCUUAGAUUCUCUUUCAUCUUUCUCUCUCUUCGUCUCUCUCUUUGUACAGAACACACACAGUGAAUGUCCAUCUUUUCUUCUCUUUUAUUAUUCUCCUCAAUCUCACAUCUUCAUAUUUAAUUUUGACUAUAAUUAAUCGCUGCUAAAUUAGGGAUUUUAAUUUACUAUUAACCCAAUUCAAUUGCAGAAACCCUAAUUUUUCGCGAAUGAUCUUCAUCUUUAUCGACCUUAGACUCAGGAUCCAAUUUGAAUUUCCAUCUUUUAAAUUUUUGUUUCAAUUUCGUUGAUUAAGAAGAGUAAUUUAGGGUUUCGAAGCAAUGAGGCGAAGGAUGGAAUCCAUCCAGGAUCUCAUUGAAGAAGCUAAAGUUCGGUUUUUGUGGUGGGCUAUAUUUAUAUUCUCAAUUACGUACUUCUUAUCUCAUACAAGUAAGUCAAUGUGGAUGAAUGUUCCAGUUGCAGUCUUAAUUGCGAUCCUUUUGCGCCAUCUAACAAAUCAUGUAGAGUUUUAUCCGAAGGUUCCAUCAGCCAGCAAACGGACAUAUCUUUCUCAUUUGGAGAAGAAACAACUGUCGGUGGAUGAUUUUCGUCUAUCUACAGUUCCUCCCCCUCCAAAAUGGAGGGGGAAAUUUGAUUCACCCGUUAUAGAGGCUGCAGUUGAGGACUUUGUUGAUAAAAUUAUAGAAGACUUUGUUACGGACUUAUGGUAUUCUGGUAUAACACCUGACAAAGAAGCCCCUGAGUUGAUGCGUGCCAUUAUAUUGGAAGCGCUAGGAGAAGUUGCAGGAAGGGUAAAGGGAGUGAACCUUGUUGAUUUACUAACAAGGGAUAUAGUUGACUUAAUAGGUGAUCAUUUAGAAUUGUUCAGAAAAACCCAAGCUUCUAUUGGCAUAGAUGUUAUGGUCACUCUGUCUUCUGAAGAAAGGGAUGAAAGACUAAAACACCAUCUUAUGGCUUCUAAGGAACUCCAUCCAGCAUUAGUUUCUUCUGAGACCGAGUACAAGGUCCUUCAGAGACUUGUGGCUGGAUUACUAGGUUUAGUUUUGAGACCAAAAGAAGCACAAUGUCCUCUUGUUCGAUGCAUUGCUCGAGAGUUUGUAACAUGCUUAGUACUGCAACCUAUUUUGAACCUUGUGUCUCCAGAGUAUAUUAAUCAGUUGGUCGAGAUUGUUCUUCUUCAAGUUAAAGACUUUUUAACUGGAUUAGAUGGUGAUGAUCCGUCAUCGAAGGCAGAUCCUGAUCAAUCUGUUGCUGAAGGAAGCAUGGAAACUGGUCAAAAUGCAUUCAAGAUACAUGAAGACUUCCAUUAUCAAGAAACUGAAAUGCACGGAAGUGAAAAGGUUGAGCAGAGAAAAAAUCCUCUGGAGGCUUCAAUGGUUCCCUCUUCUAAUAUAUCUUGUCAAGAAUCUUCGCAGCCAAAGGUUGCUGACUGGGCACGAGUACUGGAUGCUGCAACCCAGAGAAGAACUGAAGUUCUUGCUCCUGAAAAUCUCGAAAACAUGUGGACUAUAGGAAGGCACUAUAAAGAUAAAAUCAAUAAAUCCGGAAAAGGCCAUUCGCCUCAAGUAUUAGAUAACAAAAUAGUGGCGGGUUCUCUGGCGGGAUCGAAUCUCACUGAUCUAGUUACAGAUGGUAGCAACAAGAAGAAAAGAAUAUCUCUUGAUAUGGAAAAAGAAAUGGCUUUUGUUUCUGAAGUUGAGAGUGGUAAUAAAAUUGCAACUGAUGGAAAUAGAAGUAGGCUUAAGAAAUCCAGUAGUACUUCUGAUUUGAUAUUUGAUUUCCUGGAGAAAACUUCGAAUACUGGUGGAAGCCAAAGUCUUCUGAUUUCAGAGGACUUUUACAGCCCGGAUAUUGGAAGGCGCAGUGAACCACAAAAAUUGAAAAAUCUGUCAGGUUCAGUGAUUUGUGCUGAAGGGUCACACUUUCCCAAGCUUAUGUGUCGGGUUGUAGGAGCUUACUUUGAGAAAAUUGGAUCUAAGUCUUUUGCUGUGUAUUCUAUUGCUGUAACUGAUGCGCAGAAUGACAAGUGGUUUGUGAAAAGGAGAUACAGGAACUUUGAGAGAUUGCAUCGACAACUUAAGGAUAUUCCAAACUAUAACUUGCAUUUGCCUCCAAAAAGGAUAUUUUCAUCCAGCACUGAAGAUGCUUUUGUCCAUCAGCGUUGUAUCCAGCUUGAUAAAUAUCUGCAAGAUCUUUUAUCCAUAGCUAAUGUUGCUGAACAGCAUGAAGUGAUGGACUUCCUCAGUGCUUCCUCAAAGAACUAUUCAUUUGGAAAGUCACCGUCAGUGAUGAAAACCCUUGCAGUAAAUGUAGAUGAUGCUGUUGAUGAUAUUGUACGCCAGUUUAAGGGGGUUUCAGAUGGCUUCGUGCGCAAAGUUGUUGGUCCAUCUCCAUCACAGUAUGAAGAUCUUUCAUAUGUGCCAACCAGAAACUUGUCCUUGAAUGAACGUGAUUUUAUUAUGCAUGGUUCACUAGAUGCUUCAAUUGAAACAUCUAACAAUCUUUCUGAUGAUGAGGAAGGUGAUAAAGAUGGAAGUCAUGACCUUGAGGAUGCAGAUUCGGGUGCUAAAGGAAAUGGGUGGCAUUCAGAUAAUGAAUUGAGCUCGAAGAGCUUUCCACCACGGGUAGUUAAAAACAAUAGAAACCUACAUUCAUAUUCUGAGUCGAGGCAACAUAUGAAAUCCAACUUGGUUGGAGUAGCAAGUUUGCCGGUUAUUCCGCAUCCAAUUGAUGAUCCUGUUGGAGUGCCACCUGAGUGGUCACCACCAAAUGUUACCGUGCCUAUGUUAAAUUUGGUUGACAAGCUAUUUCAGCUUAACAGAAGAGGCUGGAUAAGGAGACAAGUCUUUUGGAUCUCAAAGCAAAUACUGCAGUUAGUUAUGGAAGAUGCUAUUGAUGACUGGCUAUUGAUGCAGAUUAAUUGGCUACGAAGAGAGGAUAUUGUUGCGGAAGGAAUUCGGUGGGUCAAAGAUAUUCUCUGGCCAGAUGGCAAAUUCUUUCUCAAGCUAGAAAUUGCUGGGGGUGGUUUUGAUGAAUUGGAUUCUAAAUCUUUUCAAGCUACACCUCGAGCCGCCAGCAGGAAGUCUCAAUCUAAUUCAUUUGAGACACAACUUGAGGCCGCUCGAAGAGCUAGUUAUGUGAAGAAAAUGCUAUUCAAUGGAGCUCCGGCACCCUUAGUCAGUAUGAUUGGCGCAAAGCAGUACAAGCGUUGUGCACGGGAUCUGUAUUUUUUCCUUCAGUCUUCAAUAUGUCUGAAACAAGUUGCCUAUGCUAUCCUGGAGCUUGUGCUUGUAUCAAUCUUUCCUGAGUUGAAAGAUCUCGUGGAAGAUAUCCAUCAGAAGACGCAUGCACAACAUGCAUGAAAAUUUUGUGUCUUGAAUAUCAUUUGAGAGGCGCUUGUAGCUUUUGGAGCAUAUGUUGCAGGUCAGUAGUCAGAGCAAUGUUUUUCUUUUGAAGACGGCUCGUUUGGAGAAUUUCUACACGGUUUUGGGUUAUUCCUUCAGAGUUGGAACUGUUAACAUUUCGCUCUUCCUGAACAUAUCGGAAGAGACGGGGUUUAGGAGAGAUGGAAAACGAGGAAAGAAUUGGUGAUCAAAUCCAUGUUUAGGUUAUAACAAAAGGUACUAGGAAUUAUGGUGAGCGCUUUCAGGACUGGAUUUGUAUGUGGGUGUUUAUUUUGGAUUUGGGUAGAAGGUAAAAGGGGUAAGUUUUUGUGGUGUUGUUUGUGUUAACUGUACAAAAGUGUACAGAUUUUGUAUAGUCGCACUUUUGUAGUUUUGUUACAUAAUCUAUCAGGCAACCCCCCUUGUAAGGGGAUUUUGUAUUUAUUUGAAAUUGUAAAUUGUAAAACACAGAAUUAUACAGUAUAUUUUAGAUGAUUGCCUUCUCA